AUGGCGCAAGACGAGCCUCUUUUGGCUCCGCGCCCUUCCUCGGAGAACAACUCCAUUCGGAAUGCGGAAGAGGAGGACGCACUGUUGACCGGGGAGCGGACGAGGCGAGCCCAGGAACGGCGGAGUUGGCCUUUUUGGCGAGAAGUCGGUCUCUUCAGCUGGGCGCUCCUAGCUACAAUUGCUGUUAUUGUGCUCGCAGUCGUCUACCAGCAUGAAACGAGCAAGCCGAACAUUGGCUCGAGACCCCCCUGGGGUCCGGGAGGGAAGCCGACCGGCAAACGCAACCUGAUCUUCAUGGUGUCGGACGGAAUGGGCCCUACCAGUCUUACCAUGACCAGAAGCUAUAGACAAUUCGCCGAGGGAUUGCCGAUUGACGACAUUUUGGUGCUGGACGGCCACAUCAUUGGAACUUCGAGGACGAGGUCGAGUUCUAGUCUGGUAACGGAUUCGGCUGCCGGUGCGACAGCUUUUUCUUGCGGCUUUAAGAGCUACAAUGGUGCCAUCUCUGUGCUUCCGGAUCAUUCUCCCUGUGGAACCGUCCUCGAGGCUGCGUCGUUGGCUGGCUACAAGACCGGACUUGUUGUGACGACUCGGAUCACCGAUGCCACCCCUGCUUGUUUUGCUUCGCACGUUAACAUGCGACAAUACGAAGACCGGAUCGCCGAGCAGGAAAUUGGUGAGCACCCGCUCGGACGCGUGGUCGAUCUUAUCUUCGGUGGUGGUCGUUGCCAUUUCCUGCCUAAUUCGACCGAUGGGAGCUGCCGGGCAGACGAUCGCGACUUGGUCAGCGUCGCAAAGGAGAAGGGAUUCAGCUAUCUUGAUGAUCGGAAGGGGUUUGACUCACUAAAUGGCGGAUCGGAAGCCAAGCUACCCCUCCUGGGUCUGUUCGCGGAGAAGGACAUUCCGUUUGAGAUCGACCGUCGUAAUCAGAACGACGUCUACCCGUCUCUGGAAGAGAUGGCCCGCGCUGCACUUAGGAUACUCAGCGACGCUACCGCUGAUAGUGAGCAGGGGUUCUUCUUGAUGAUCGAAGGUUCUCGUAUUGAUCAUGCCGGACACGGCAAUGAUCCCGCAGCGCAGGUCCACGAGGUUAUUGCGUACGAUAAGGCAUUCGCUGCAGUGUUGGACUUCCUUGAGAAAGACUCGACGCCCGGUGUUGUGGUUAGCACAUCUGACCAUGAAACAGGUGGCCUGGCUGCCGCUCGGCAGCUGCAUAGCACCUACCCCGAGUACAAAUGGCUCCCGGGGGUUCUGGCCAACGCCAGCCAUUCCACCGAAUUCAUUGACAACAAGCUUCGGGAGUUUCUCUCCACGGAGACGAAAAAGAACAAUCAGCAACGUUAUGUUCGAGAGCUCUUGGAGAAGGGUCUAGGUAUUACCGAUGCCACAGACGAGGAGAUCGAUUCUAUCCUCGAUCCAAAUUCUCCGAUAAGCUCGCAGUAUCAGUUUGCCGACAUUAUCAGUCGAAGAGCACAGAUUGGCUGGUCAACCCACGGCCACUCUGGUGUGGACGUCAACAUCUAUGCAUCCUCUUCUAAAGACGCCUGGCCCCUGGUUGGGAACCACGAAAAUACCGAGAUCGGCCAGUUCAUGGCAGACUACCUUGACCUGGACGUGGAGAACAUCACCAAGCACCUACAAUCAUCCAGCGCCUGGUCGUUCGCCAGCGGUGAAGUAGACCGGCCCUUCGCCUGGCUAGGGGAUCCCCUGGGCGAGAACGUCCGCACCGAGGACCUGGAUACCUACCACGGAGAGUUCAGGAAACGCUUUAUGGAUGUGGACGGCAUGGAGAAGAGGGAGUGCGGGUGCGGAGGAAUGCACUGA